CGUAAAAUGUGCACUUUGUGCAUUUUUACCUUUGUAUGUCAAAUCAGCGCAACCGAUGUAAUCCGUUAACAGUUUUCAGAAAACAACACGUCCUGCGCGACAACAUUCUUCACACAGCUCUUAUCAUUUUAAGCGAUAAAGUGAAGUGAGACGACACUGUGAAACACAGCACCAUAUUAUCAUUAUUUUUUAUACCCCGGAACUCAGCGUUCACUUUGCGUAAAGUUUAAGUUAUUUUUCUAAGGAUUGAAGUACCAAAUCGAAGAAAAUGAAACCUGUUGUAUUUAUCGGCAUCUGUCUCGCCUUGUCCACGUCAUGGAUUGCCAGUGAAGCCGCGCUUGGAUGCCCCAACGGACAACCCAUGUUCAACUGUUUCGUGCAACCUUGCCGAUUUGCUUCCUGUCCAGCUCACCCCAGUGCCAAAUGCAGCGAUGACUACUGCGGAGGCUGCAAAGCGCGCUUUUAUGUCGGCACCCGCGAAGUAACGUCGACAUGCGCAAGCACUGCUAUUACUAGUACUCGCAGUCGCCGCAACACACAGGAUUGCCCCAUGAUCAAAUGCCCGGCUGAUCAAGUGGUGAAAUGUAAAGUGGAGCCUUGCCGCGGUAAAACCUGCCCCAAUCGUCCCAAUGCCCGCUGCUGCAACAGCUACUGCGGAGGAUGCCGCUGGUCGUUCCACGAAAACUAUCAAGAUGUCACCUCGCAGUGUCGAUAAGACAAACAUUAUGACGCCAAAUGUUGCACCUACUUGUGGUAACGUUUACACAUUUUGUCAUCGUUGAAGGGUAUGGCAACAAUAACAUUAAUCUGCUUUCUUCCUGCACGAUGCAAUAGUUUUUAGAGUUACUGUUUUUUCUAGCAGCUUGGUUCAAAUGCAUAAUUGUAGCAGGUACAUUUAGUGAAAAUUAGCUGCCAUUGAAUUUUGUGAUGUAA